UUUAGUGCGAUGAGGCAGACGAACUCCUAAUACUCCACUGCACUGGUCAAACAAAGCCAGUUCUAAUUGUGCUCCUUCCCUGGGCUCCGAGCCUGAUCCUCACAUCCCAGCAUUCUUGUCCUGAACGGAGUCUGAAAACACCUGCUCCUUGUGUAUGGGAAGAAUGUAUAGAGUAGGCAGGUCUGACGGACGAAUCUUCCUUACACUCCUCUGUACGGUCUGAGAAGAAGUGGGUAAGAGUUAGGAACACGUUUUCCAAACAUGGUGCAUCUCGUCAAUUUGCCAUUUUUCUCCUGAAUACUAUCUGUGCCGAGGUUCACCCCACUGAUUUCACAAUCAUAAUGAAAGGUUUGGAGAAAGCCUGCCUGGUGAGCGACAAAGCCACAAAAAUGUACUCGCUGACUAACCACAGUGGAGACCAGGGUAUACUUACUAAAGAAAAACACCAGGAUGAAGACUGUCGCCCAUCAGUCAUUACAUACCAUUGUCACAACAAUAACUCGAAAGCUUACGAUUCCCGGCAGAAGGAACACAAAAUAGCAAGGAAGAAGCUCUACAUCGCAGCAGCCAUUUGCUUCACAUUUAUUGUGGCAGAAAUUGCUGGCGGAUAUAUGGCAGGAAGCCUGGCAGUGGUGGCGGAUGCAGCCCAUCUCUUUGUGGAUUUGUCCAGUUUCCUGAUCAGCAUCUGUUCCCUGUGGUUGUCUUCGAAGCCGGCAACAAAAAGACUCACUUAUGGCUGGUACAGAGCGGAAAUAGUUGGUGCCUUAUUGUCCAUGAUUACGAUCUGGGUUGUCACAGGCGUGCUAGUUUACUUGGCGUGUGAGAGAAUUCUUCAUCCUGAUUACACCAUAGACGGGGCAGUGAUGCUUCUGACGUCAGCAUGCGCCCUCGGAGCAAAUGUUGUUUUGGCUCUGGUCCUCCACAACACUGGACAUGGUCACAGCCACGCCGGGGGUCAACAUCAACAUAUGGCACCUGAUUACACGCCUCAGACUAAUGCAAGCAUACGUGCAGCCUUCAUCCAUGUCAUCGGAGAUCUCUUCCAGAGCAUCAGCGUGCUAAUCAGUGCACUCAUCAUAUACUUCAAGCCUCAGUAUAAGAUAGCCGAUCCCAUCUGCACUUUUAUAUUCUCAAUCUUUGUCUUGGCCACAACCAUCACCAUUUUACGGGAUGUUCUCAUCGUUCUAAUGGAAGGGGUUCCUCGAGGGAUUAAUUACAGUGUUGUGAAGCAGAGUAUUCUUGCCGUGAAUGGGGUUAAAUCAGUCCACAGCCUUCAUCUCAUGGCUUUAACAAUGAAUCAAGUCAUCCUCUCCGUUCACGUUGCCACAGAGACUUCAGAUGACAACAGAAGAGUUAUGAAGGAAGUCACACGGAAUGUGUUUGACAAUUUUCCCUUUCACUCGGUCACUGUACAAGUUGAACCGGCGGAGGAACAGAAUCCUGAGUGUAUGUUCUGCUAUGAGCCCACUGACUGAGCCAAAAAGUACUUCCGCCAUGAGAUGACAUCUACAUCAGCUCAACGUCCUACCUACAGA